AAAGGAAUCAAAGUAUGGUAAAACAAAAUAAAAAUAAAUAAAUAAGUAAAACCCAUCAUCCCAUCUUUCUCCCCCACUUGUUUGUAUCUGCCAAUAUGCAUGUUACCAAUAGCAAAUCAAUGUUUUUUAUGUCAACUUUUUCUUGAGAUGAACAAAAUGCUUGCCAAGAGGAUAUAUAUUUCAUACAUUUCUGUUACUGUUUAAGAAGAAAGAGUGGGAAUAUUGGUUGUGGGUUGUUCUUCCAAAUUAGUUUAUAUAACAAUGUCAUGAUGAUACCAGUUUCAAUUUCUGUUUCAAUCAUUUUCUUCUCCUUGUUGUUACCAUCAAUUUCUGGUCUCAACCAACAGGGUAUCUCUCUGCUUUCAUGGCUUUCAACUUUCAAUUCAUCUUCUUCUGCUACGUUUUUCUCAUCUUGGGAUUUAACCCAUCAGAAUCCAUGCAGUUGGGAUUAUGUUCAUUGUUCAGGCAAUGGAUUUGUUACUGAAAUCCAAAUUUCCUCCAUUAAUCUUCAAACUAGUUUUCCGGUGCAGAUUCUUGCCUUCGACUCUCUCACCAAACUUGUUUUGUCUAAUGUCAAUCUCACUGGGGAAAUUCCACGAGCAAUGGGUAAUUUAUCGUCUUUGAUCGUCUUGGACUUGAGCUUCAAUGCUUUGACAGGCAAGAUUCCGCCGAAGAUUGGGGAGCUGUCCAAGUUGGAGUUCUUGUCGUUGAAUUCCAACUCCUUGAGCGGCGAAAUUCCGCCGGAGAUUGGGAACUGUUCGACGUUGAAACGGCUUGAACUGUACGAUAACUUACUGUUUGGGAAGAUUCCCGCGGAAUUCGGUCGGUUGAAGGCGUUGGAGAUUCUUCGUGCAGGUGGAAAUGAAGGCAUUCAUGGCGGAAUUCCGGAUGAAAUUUCGAAGUGUGAAGGACUUACGUUUUUAGGACUUGCAGAUACCGGCAUUUCGGGGCAGAUUCCGAGGAGCUUUGGAGGGCUUAAGAAUCUCAAAACGCUUUCUGUUUAUACUGCGAAUCUCACCGGCGAAAUCCCGCCGGAAAUCGGGAACUGUUCUUCGUUGGAGAAUUUAUUUCUGUAUCAGAAUCAACUUUCGGGGAGAAUACCGGAGGAGUUAGGAAAUAUGAUGAGUAUCAGAAGAGUGUUGUUAUGGCAGAAUAAUAUAAGUGGAGAGAUUCCAGAAUCUCUCGGGAAUGGAACAGGGCUUGUAGUUAUUGAUUUCUCUUUGAAUGCUUUGACCGGUGAAGUUCCUGUUUCUUUAGCCAAAUUAAUUGCUCUUGAGGAGCUGCUUUUGUCUGAAAAUGAGAUUUCCGGUCAAAUUCCGUCGUUUUUCGGAAACUUUUCGUUUCUUAAGCAACUUGAAUUGGAUAACAACAGAUUUUCCGGUCCAAUUCCACCGUCCAUUGGCCGAUUGAAGCAGCUCUCUCUGUUCUUCGCUUGGCAGAAUCAACUGACUGGAAACCUACCGGCGGAGCUUUCCGGUUGUGAGAAACUCGAAGCACUCGAUCUUUCACAUAAUUCUCUCACCGGACCGAUUCCGGAAUCUCUGUUGAAUCUCAAGAAUUUGAGCCAAUUGUUACUGAUAUCCAAUCGAUUUUCAGGUGAAAUUCCUCGGAAUUUAGGGAAUUGUACUGGCCUGACUCGUUUACGACUCGGAUCGAAUGACCUCACCGGGAGAAUUCCGUCGGAGAUUGGGCUACUUCGUGGUUUGAGCUUUUUGGAGUUGUCGGAAAAUCGAUUUCAGUCGGAAAUUCCGUCGGAGAUUGGUAACUGUACUGAGUUGGAAAUGGUUGAUUUGCAUGGAAAUGAACUUCAUGGGAAUAUACCUUCAUCCUUCUCCUUUCUUGUUGGACUCAAUGUGUUGGAUCUCUCCAUGAACAGAUUAACAGGCUCCAUUCCUAAAAAUUUAGGCAAGCUUUCAUCUCUAAACAAAUUGAUUCUGAAGGGAAAUUCCAUCACUGGUUCAAUUCCAUCUUCAUUAGGUCUUUGUAAAGAUUUGCAGUUGUUGGAUAUAAGUAGUAAUAGAAUCUCAGAUUCAAUCCCUUCUGAGAUUGGCCAUAUUCAAGAACUAGACAUUCUUUUGAAUUUGAGUUCAAAUUCCUUGACUGGUCAAAUCCCUGAAAGCUUUUCAAAUCUCUCUAAACUUGCUAAUUUGGAUAUCUCUCAUAACAUGCUCAUUGGAAAUCUGGGAAUGUUGGGAAAUCUUGACAAUCUUGUCUCUCUUGAUGUCUCAUUCAACAACUUCUCAGGUGUUCUUCCUGAUACCAAGUUCUUCCAAGACCUCCCUGCCUCUGCAUUUGCUGGAAAUCAAUAUCUAUGUAUUGAAAGUAAUGGAUGCCACUCCGAACGCAAUGAUCGCGGCAAGAAGUCGACUAGAAAUCUCAUCGUUUUCGUGUUUCUUAGUGUCAUUGCGGCAGCAUCGUUUGUGCUAAUUGUGUUGAGUUUGUUUAUGAAAAUACGUGGGACGGGGUUUACCAAGAACAGCCAUGAAGACAGCUUGGAUUGGGAAUUCACUCCGUUUCAGAAGUUCAGCUUCUCGGUGAAUGAUAUCAUUACCAGAUUAUCGGACUCGAACAUCGUUGGAAAGGGUUGUUCGGGUAUAGUUUAUCGUGUUGAAACUCCAACAAAACAAGUCAUUGCAGUGAAGAAGCUAUGGCCUUUAAAGAAUGGUGAAGUUCCUGAAAGAGACUUGUUUUCAGCUGAAGUUCAGAUUCUUGGAUCUAUAAGACAUAGGAAUAUUGUUAGGCUUCUGGGUUGCUGUAACAAUGGCAAAACUAGACUGCUUUUAUUUGAUUACAUCAGUAAUGGAAGUUUGGGUGGACUGCUCCAUGAGACGAGGCCAUUCUUGGAUUGGGAUGCAAGGUACAGGAUUAUACUGGGAGCUGCCCAUGGCUUAGCUUAUCUACACCAUGAUUGUAUACCUCCAAUCCUUCAUCGCGAUAUUAAAGCAAACAACAUAUUAGUAGGAUCACAAUUUGAAGCUGUUCUUGCGGAUUUCGGCCUAGCGAAGCUCGUCGAUUCUUCAGGCUGUUCGAGACCGUCCAAUGCAGUUGCCGGUUCUUACGGCUAUAUUGCUCCAGAAUAUGGGUACAGCUUGAGGAUAACAGAGAAAAGUGAUGUGUACAGUUAUGGUGUUGUGCUUCUAGAGGUCUUAACAGGGAAGGCUCCAACAGAUAAUACAAUCCCAGAAGGUGUCCACAUUGUCACAUGGGUAAACAAAGAACUAAGAGAUAGAAAGAACGAAUUUGCAACAAUUCUUGAUCAGCAAUUACUCCAACGAUCAGGAACCCAAAUCCAACAGAUGCUUCAAGUGCUCGGUGUGGCUCUCCUCUGCGUCAAUACUUCGCCAGAGGAUCGACCGACAAUGAAAGAUGUCACAGCCAUGCUUAAGGAGAUCAAGCAGGAGACUGAGUAUGAGAAGCCUAAUUUGUUGGAAAGAGGAGCUAUCACAAAUCCAAAAGCAGCAGUUCAUUGUUCCAGUUUUUCUAGAUCAUCUGAGCCUCUAAUUAGAGCUGUACCUUCUGCAGUACCAUAGAUUCAGGAAAAAAAAAAAAGAAAAAGAAAAAAAGAAAAAAAAAAGCUGGAGAACAGUUCACUGAUUAUUUCCUUUUCAAGCAUGACAUUUAUUUGUAUAGAUUUGAAGUAUGUAGAAGUAAUAAUGAGAGGCUGAAUCUGUACUUCUGCUUGAAA